CCUAGACAUUCUUGCAUAAAAUGCUUUCUUAACCGAAUUCACAUGAAUCAGAAAUCCAUACCCUUCCUUGAGUUUUAAUUAACUUUCCUUUCUGUUAUCUCUACACCUUUAUCUUUUAUACAGUGAAAAUCGCUUUUCUUCUAUUUCGUUUUUUGGGUCAUUUCAUAUAUGGGUAACUACAUUAGUACUAUCACGUGCCGCCCGACGUCUGAUACCGCCGGGAAAGUCAUUCUCUGGGACGGCUCGGUGCAGCAGUUUAACUGGCCCUUGACAGCGGCAGAGCUGAUGCUCGAGCAUCCGCAACAGGUUGUUGUGGAGUUCCACGCGGCGGUUAAUGAGAAGAGGCCGAUUCCAUUGCCAGCUGACUCUAAACUUGACACGAAUAAAGUUUACGUAAUGCUACCCGUGAAGCGAGGGAAGCCAACCACAUUGUCAUCCGAGGAAGCUCGUCGAGUGCUUUUGAGUGCGAAUUCCGUGUUGAGAUCGAAAUCGAUUUUAUCAUCCUCGAAGUUUCUUCCUUUUUUUGCCAAAAUUUGCCCUGCAAAUAUUGGAGAGAUAGUAGGACAAAGGUUCCCGUCGCAGAAGAAGGAAAACGUCUGCGAGAAGCCUGAGGAGGUUAGAUGCUUAACGGAGUUUGAUUUACCUGAAAGUUUGGAAGGUAGGCCGGAGUAUUUGAACAAGCAAUAUUCAGGCAAGGGAUGGAAACCAAGCUUGGAUACCAUAAGGGAGAAGAAGGUUGAGAGAAAGGUACCACAUUGGCUGUUUUAAAGCUGAACAUAGGUUCUCUAAUUGUCAACGUUAUGGUUUUUCCUUUUUCUAGUGCUGCCAUGUAUAACUGCAAAUGGUAAUUCUCUGAAGAACUGAAUUUAACUAGUUAGGGUAUUCCUCUUCAUUAUGCAACUAUGUUUAUUAUUACAACGAGAUAGAAAAACCUUUGUGUAAUCAGCUAGUUUUGUGGCUUCCCCCUCCCUUCCCACAAUCAAGUCAAAUUUCUGAAUGGUGCCUAGGUUUCGAUUCGCCAAUAUUCAAGGAAGGGAACAAG